CAAACUAUAUAACACAAUCAUCCACUCUCAAACUCAUCUCUCUCUUUCUUCUUUUUCUUCAAAACCUCUCUCUCCUCCUUCUUCUUCUUCUUCCACCAAUGGACACUCCACCAUCCCCACCACACCCGCAACCGAUUUCUUUAAACCUCGACAACCUCAAAGCCCUCAAAAUCCUCGGCAAAGGCGCCAUGGGAACCGUCUUCCUAGUCCAUGACACCACAACUGACCCUUCCGCUCGUUCUCCCUUCGCUCUAAAAGUGGCGGACAAGUCCUCUCUUCAUACAAAGCACGACGCUGAUCGUCGUGCCCGGUGGGAAAUCCGGGUCCUCACCAGGCUUUCGCAUCCAUUUCUGCCCAAGCUGAUAGGAUCCUUCGAAACUGAGGAUUUGCUCGCCUGGGCCGUUCCGUAUUGCCCAGGUGGCGACCUUAACGUCCUCCGUUACCGGCAAAACGACCGCGUUUUCUCCCCCGCCGUUAUUCGUUUUUACUUGUCGGAGAUUAUAUGCGCGCUUGAGUAUCUUCAUAAUAUGGGGAUUGCUUACAGAGAUUUAAAGCCUGAAAAUGUUUUAGUUCAAAAGUCGGGUCACGUGACACUCACGGACUUUGAUCUCUCUCGCACCUUGGCCAAGAAAACCACCGCUUCAACGACCACCUUUGAGAAACGAAGCCAUAAGGUCCCGGUUCUAGAGAUUCCGAAGAAACAUAGAAGAAUGUUGACCCAUUGGAUCCAGGCUUUGCCCGACAACAACAACAGGCUGAAGAAGGCAAAAUCGGCCCGCGUCAGCCCGGUUUCUCGGAAGAAACCCAGUUUCGACAACGGCGAACGGUCCAACUCGUUUGUGGGAACGGAAGAGUACGUGUCACCGGAGGUGGUGCGUGGCGAUGGACACGAGUUCGCUGUUGAUUGGUGGGCUCUGGGUAUCUUGACGUACGAGAUGUUGUAUGGAACGACGCCGUUUAAGGGCAGGAACCGGAAGGAAACGUUUCGAAACGUUCUGAUGAAGGCGCCGGAGUUCGUUGGGAAACGCACGGACUUAAUGGAUUUGAUCCAACGGCUGUUGGAGAAGGAUGCCACGAAGAGAUUGGGAUAUCAACGGGGCGCGUGUGAGAUCAAAGAGCACGUGUUCUUCAAAGGUGUGAGAUGGGACCUACUAACGGACGUAUUACGGCCGCCGUAUAUCCCGUCGAGCGAUUUAACGGAGAUUGUAACAAAAGGUAAUGCAGGGAUAGGGAUAAGAGAAUAUUUUCAGAAUUUGAGAGCUCCACCACCUUCAAUGCCGCCGUCUCCGUUACCUUCGCCGACGCCAGAUCCAUGCCGGGGAAUAACUUCUUUCUCAGAGUAUUGACUGACCCACGUGUGGGAUAUGACACGUGUUAAGAUAGUGUAGGUAUUAAUACUUAUUUUGUGUAUAUAAAAAAUUAAAAUUAAAAAAAUAAUGGUAGAACGUGCAAGACGGCGUUAGUGAAUAUUUAGUCUGAUUAUAAAAAGCUUCGAACGGUUAAGGCUCGUAUUUCAUUUUUA